CUGCUCCACUUCAGCCUCGGUUUCCUGGGUUACUGGUCACGCCCUGCUCCUCUGGGCAGAAGAGCCUGUCUAUUUUUAGGGAGAAGAGCACUCAGAACCUUCUGCCCACAGCCUUACUCAGCAGACCAGAUAAAUGUGCUCAUGCCUGACCGGUGUUCCCAAAAGCCUAUAAAUGUCCCCUUCCCGGGCGGUGUGCUCUCCACGCCGCUGCACCUGUUGGCAGACUCGCUCUCCCGCCCAGGAGGGCCGGGCAGGCCGAGGGAGACCGCACCCAUGAAGGUCCUCUUUCUGUUCGCUGUUCUCCACUGUCUGGUCCCCAGGACCUCGGGGGACAUUCCGCCUGGAAUCCGAAAUACUAUCUGCCUUUUGCGCCAUGGGACCUGCAGGCUUUUCUUCUGCCGUUCUGGUGAGAAAAAGGGGGACAUCUGCUCGGACCCUUGGAACAGGUGCUGCCUGCCCCCGGACGCGGACACCUGAGCUGCAGGCUUCUGGAAGGUGCCUGGGUCUUCAAGUGCUCCCAGGGCUUAGCGGCCUGCGUGGCUUGUAGUAGGUGCUCAAUAAACCUUUGUGGAUUUAAUCCA